CGGCUUUCUGUUUCCCCCUCCCGCCUUCCCCCGCCCCAUUUCCCUGCCCCACACAUACACAUACCUGUCUCGCCAUGUCGCGUUUUGGGCUCAGCGUCCCACAGAGGACGCACGACGUCUCCUCGGCAGCGCUCUCCAUGACCGAGGCGCUGGCCGACGUACCGGCUCCCGGGCCCGGGGACGCAGCCACACACCCCUUUGUUCAGAUGGCUGCUAGCAUGCAGGCACAUGCUGACCGGGUACAAGACGCUCUCGGAGGCCUGCACCUGUUCCUUGGACCGCCAUCGGUGUCGGAUUCCCCCACGGACUCUCCCGGGCCCGGGUCUCGCUGCGGUGCCUGUGGCGCCCCGGGACCCGGGGGCCCGCUGCCGGAGGGCGCACGCGCGCGCGACCGCUGCCCCUGCCUGGUGUUUGUCAAGGCCCAGCAUGCGGCUGGCAAGUUGGCCCGCGCGGUCGACCAGGCGGCCGAGCUGGCCGGCGUCGCGGCCGACACCCCGCAGCCCGGAUCGCCGAGCAUCAACGAGCCGCACUCGGCUUCGUCCUUCGUGGCACUGGCCCGCGAGGUGACCGACCUCAAGCGCAAGGCACAGCUGGCCCAGUCCCUUCACCAGGAGCUAGAUCUGAGCCGUGAGGCUGCCAUCCUCAAUGGCGCCUACUUGCAACUGGAGAGCCUGGCCACCAGCUCGCCCGGGCUCGACAGCUCCAUCCCUCCCAGCACGGUGGCCACCCUGAAAUCCAGCCUCUCGGGGGACUUCUUCCGGGCCUUUCUUCGAGCCCAAAAACUCCGCCAAGUCUCACGUGCACUGCUCUUCUCGGAGUUCCAGCGCCUUGGUCUCGAGGGUGUCACGGUGGCCGCUCAGCUGUGCGACCUCGCCAAUGCCUCGGCGUCGUCCUGGGUCCGGAGCUAUUCACGACGGGUGCUCGGCCCCUCGAAUGCCCCCUUCUGGGCCCCAACCGGCGACGCCGAGGAGCUCGAGGCCAUUUGCUCGCGUGCUCUGCUCCAGAUGGCCGACAAGCGCGACUUGUUCAGCUCGGCCAUCCGGGAGCUUAGCCACUCCCGGCGGGCGGCAGCCGCGCGCAGCUACCUGGCCAAUGUGGCCCCGGGCGACUCGCGCGGCGGUGCUGCCACCGAUCUGAUCGCAAGCCUGACCGCGGCCAGCGUCAAUGCUCCGGCCAAGUUGGCCGCCCUGCCGGUCAGCAUCAUGGCCGUGGCCUCGCGUCUGGCCGAGACCCUGUCCGUCAGUUUGUCGGUCCUUCGUGCCGAGCGGGCCCUGGCCGAGCGCCUGCUGGCCCCCAUUUCGCGCGACCUGCUCCCCGGCGGCGAGGCCACGCUCGGCCCGGGCCCGGUGGCGGUCAUGGCCCUGGUGAGCGGCGCGUCGCGCGGUCUGCGACGCCUGGUCACUCGCCGCGUGCAAGCCCUGUCCGAGACAUUGCAACACGCUGCCCGACUCCUGUGGCUGGAUGCCGAGUCGACUUUGAUCACCGGGCCCCGGCCAUACGCCGACCUGCCAGCCGCCCGGGGCGUUCUGUUCCAAAGUUGCGCCCGGGCCUUUGGAUCGCUGCACGCGGCCUGGCGCGUGUCGGCCAUCCUGGAGGGCGCCUCGCCGGAGGUCGAGGCCCCGGUGCCCGGGCAAGAUGUCCCAGGCUCCAGCCCGCCGGGCCCCUUCUCCCAAGGGCCCCUGACGGACGGCCUCCUGGCGGCCCUGCGUCUGUUGGAUCCGGAAAUCCCCGACCCGGACGCCCUGGCCGGGGAGAGCCUAUCGGCCGGACUGGCGCCCUGCCUGCGAGAUGUGGCCGACCUGCUGCUGAUGCUGGUGGCACGGGAAACCGCCCUCCUGGCGGUGGACCUACGGACCAUGGCCCUGGAUCCCGGGCCCGGGACGCUGACCCAAGCCGGCGCGGUGGCCCCCCCCGGCGAGGACCUCCGUCGGCGUCUGAGCACCUUCCUGGAGGUGGCCUCGGGCCUGGGGCUGGCCGAUCCUCGGGCCGAGGCAUCAUUGGCCCGGGCCGACUUGGCCUCGCUUUUGAGUCGAGCUCUCUUCGCGCCGCGGGGCUUCCUAGCCCCGACGGCCGAGGCAUUGCAGCUGGGCCGGCCGGCUCUCGGGGCCACUGACCUCGGUCCGGCGCGCCUGCGCCUGGCCCUUGUGCUGCACCUGAUCAGCCCCUUCGCCCGGUAUGUGGGGCUGGAUCAUCCGCCAACCGGGCAGUCCCGCGCGCUGGCCGGGCGCCUGGACGCUCUGCUUGGCCCGGCCCCGGUCGACCGAGGCACCGGCCUGGCGCUUGUGGACACGUCGCUCCUCGCACGUCUGCUGCUUCUGCUGCUGGCGCCGGCGGCGGCAUCGACCGCCGAGGUGGACACAUCGCCCGACGGCGACCCCGGCCAGCAGGCCCUGGACCUGGUCCUCAACGGGUCGCUGACUACACCGGGUGCAGAUGCCUCCCCGGCCACCGGGGCCCGGCAUGCCUUGGGCUCCCUCAAGCACAAGCCCGGUCCUCUGGCCCUGGAGCGCCUGCUUGCCGAGGUGGCUGGGCAACUCCAGCAGGCUCUGCUGGCUGCCGGGGUGGAUCGCGCCCCGGUCGACGGCCUGGCCGACGGCACUGGCCCCCUCGAUCGAUGCCUGCUGCUAUUGCUCGGGGCCCUGGCCGGGCCGCGCCUGGAAGCCGUUGAGGGCCUGGCCCAUGUUGGGCAAUUCCUCCAGUCGAUUGGCGCUCGGCCAGCCGUCUUCCAAGCGCUCUCCUGUUGCCUGGAGCUGUCCCCCAUCCGGCACCUGAGUGCUGUGGACACGAGCGCCCUGUCGGCCGGCCUGGCAGAGUUGCCGGAUUUGCUGACCGAUGCCACGCUGGCCAGCCUAAGCUCCCGUGGCCGACAUGUGCUCGACACCUUGUACCGGCGGUUCCGAGACCUCCUCGACCAGCCGGGGGUCCCAUACGCGGGGAUCAUUCGAGCAUCGGCCCCGGCUCCGGAGGCGCUGCGGCUAGUGUGAGAUUCUGGCGCGCGCCGGCUGGCCGGCAAACAGGGCUCAUUCGCAAAUACAUACGUGUGUGGACA